UUCGGCGGCGGCCCGGCCCUGUGCUGCAACCUCAUCGGCUUCGCCUACCCCGCGUACGCCUCCAUCAAAGCCAUCGAGAGCUCCAGCAAGGAGGAUGACACCACGUGGCUGACGUACUGGGUGGUGUACGGCGUCUUCAGCGUAGCCGAGUUCUUCUCCGACAUCUUCCUCUACUGGUUCCCCUUCUACUAUGCUGGGAAGUGCCUGUUCCUGCUGUGGUGCAUGGCCCCCGUGUCCUGGAACGGCUCACAGGUGCUCUACCAGACCGUCAUCCGGCCCUGCUUCCUCAGGCACCACCAGACCGUGGACAACGUGCUG